ACCUGGCUCGGAGGCGGCGGCGGCGGGCCCGGUCCGGGUGCGAGCGCGGCGCUGCCCAGCUGGAGCGAGCGCGGAGCCGGCGCUCGCAGCCCCGGCGCCGCCAUGGUGGAGGCGGCGCCCCCCGGGCCCGGGCCGCUGCGGAGGACCUUCCUGGUGCCCGAGAUCAAGUCGCUGGACCAGUACGAUUUCUCGCGGGCCAAGGCGGCGGCCAGCCUGGCGUGGGUUCUGCGGGCCGCGUUCGGGGGCGCAGAGCAUGUGCCCUCGGAGCUGUGGGAGCCCUUCUACACCGACCAGUACGCGCAGGAGCACGUGAAGCCCCCGGUGACGCGGCUGCUGCUCUCGGCCGAGCUCUACUGCCGGGCCUGGCGCCAGGCGCUGCCGCAGCUCGAACCCCCCCCCAGCCCCUCGGCGCUGCUGGCCCUGCUGGCGCGGAGGGGCACAGUGCCCGCGCUGCCCGAGCGCCCCGUGCAGGAGGCCGACCUGAAGCACCAGCCGAUCCUCAUGGGAGCCCACCUAGCUGUCAUUGACGCCCUCAUGGUUGCCUUCGCCUUCGAGUGGACAAAGACACUGCCCGGUCCUUUGGCCCUGGCCAGCUUGGAGCACAAGCUCCUUUUCUGGGUGGACACGACCAUCCGGCGGCUGCAGGAGAAGACGGAGCAGGAAGCUGCCCAGAGAGCCUCUCCUGUGGCCCCUGCAGAUGGGGUGGCCCCAGCACAGCCCUCGUGCCCCACACGCUGGUACUGGAAGCUGGUUCCUCACGCAAUUGCCUUCUGUUUGAAGGAGUCGGGGAGCAAACCCCCCAUGAUCCGAUACCGCAAGGACCGAGCUGUGGCCCGACGCGCCCCCUGCUUUCCAAAUGUGACCACCCUCCAGGAUCUGGCAAGUGGGGCUGCGCUAGCUGCCACAAUUCACUGCUAUUGUCCUCAGCUCUUGCGACUCGAGGAGGUGUGCCUCAAGGACCCCAUGUCCGUGGCGGACAGCCUGUACAACCUCCAGCUGGUGCAGGAUUUCUGUGCCUCCCGCCUUCCUCGUGGCUGCCCGCUCUCCCUCGAGGACCUGCUUUAUGUCCCACCGCCCCUCAAGGUAAGGUCAUCUCGAGGCCUUGGGGGCCGAGGCAGGCGUCCAGGGCCAUGCGUCCCAUUGGCUGACCCUGCCUUCUGCCUCCAGAUCAACCUGGUGGUGCUGCUUGCCGAGAUGUUCAUGUGCUUUGAGGUGCUGAAACCUGAUUUCGUCCAGGCCAAGGACCUGCCUGAUGGUCACGCGGCCUCCCCCCGGGCCACGGAGGCCUCUCCCGCUCAGAACAGCAGUGGCUGCAGUUCUCCUGUCUUCAACUUCCGCCACCCGCUUCUGUCAUCUGGCGGCCCCCAGUCCCCACUCCGUGGAUCCACAGGCUCACUGAAGUCCUCCCCGUCCAUGUCCCACAUGGAGGCCCUCGGCAAGGCCUGGAACCGUCAGCUCAGCCGUCCCCUUUCCCAGGCAGUGUCGUUCAGCACCCCCUUUGGCCUGGACAGCGACGUGGAUGUUGUCAUGGGAGACCCCGUCCUCCUCCGCUCGGUCAGCUCGGACAGCUUGGGCCCCCCGCGCCCGGUGCCAGCCCGGACCCCCGUCCAGCCGCCCCCGGAGCCCGGAGACCUGCCUACCAUCGAGGAGGCCCUGCAGAUCAUCCACAGCGCCGAGCCCCGGCUGCUCCCAGACGGGGCGGCCGACGGCAGCUUCUACCUCCACUCCCCUGAGGGCUCCUCCAAACUGCCGCUGGCCUCCCCCUACCCACUCGACGGGGCCUCAAAGCCACUGCCCGCUGCGCCCACCCAAGCACCCAGCUAUGUGCCCCACCCUGAGGGCCCCCUGAAACCGUCUCCCUGCCCGGCAGGGGAGCUGUCGAAAUCACCAGCCCUGUCUGAGGGCUCCCCGAAGGCAGCAGCUUCAUCCCCUGCGGCUGGCAACUCUGAGGUGAAGAUGACCAGCUUUGCUGAGCGCAAGAAGCAGCUGGUCAAGGCUGAGGCCGAGGCAGGGUCCCCGGCAGCCACCCCUGCCGCAGCAGAGGCCCUGAGCUCGGAGAUGAGUGAGCUGGGGGCCCGGCUGGAGGAGAAACGGAGGGCCAUCGAGGCUCAGAAGCGGCGCAUCGAGGCCAUCUUUGCUAAACACCGGCAGCGACUGGGCAAGAGCGCUUUCCUGCAGGUGCAGCCGCGGGAGGCUGGAGGGGAGGCGGAGGCGGACCCCGGCCCGGUCCCUGGUGGGGAGCGGCCAGCGGGCGAGGGCCAGGGCGAUCCGGCCCCACGGCCCAAGGCAGUGACCUUCUCACCUGAACUGGGCCCGGUGCCCCCCGAGGGGCUGGGGGACUAUAACCGGGCGGUCAGCAAGCUAAGUGCUGCGCUGAGCUCACUGCAGCGGGACAUGCAGAGGCUCACGGACCAGCAGCAGCGGCUCCUGGCCCCACCCGAGGCCCCGGGGCCUGCCCCACCACCUGCUGCAUGGGUCAUCCCUGGUCCCACAGUGGGUCCCAAAGCCGCGUCUCCCAGCCCUGCUCGGCGUGCCCCAGCUGCCCGGCGCAGCCCCGGGCCUGGCCCCAGCCCGACACCCCGAAGCCCGAAACAUGCACGGCCAGCAGAGCUGCGGCUAGCACCCCUGACAAGAGUGCUCACACCUCCCCACGAUGUAGACAGCCUCCCCCACCUGCGCAAGUUCUCGCCAAGUCAGGUGCCUGUGCAGACACGCUCCUCUAUCCUCCUGGCGGAGGGGUCACCACCAGAGGAGCCUGUGGCCCGGCCUGGCCUCAUCGAGAUCCCACUGGGCAGCCUGGAAGAGCCCACAGCCGAGGACGAGGGAGAUGGGAGCCCCCCUGGUGCUGAGGAUUCCUUGGAGGAAGAGGCGUCUUCAGAGGGAGAGCCCCGGGCCGGGCUGGGCUUUUUCUAUAAGGAUGAAGACAAGCCCGAGGACGAGAUGGCCCAAAAGCGGGCCAGUCUGCUGGAACGGCAGCAGCGGCGGGCAGAGGAGGCGCGGCGGCGGAAACAGUGGCAGGAGGCCGAGAAGGAGCAGCGGAGGGAAGAGGCCGCACGGCUGGCCCAGGAGGAGGUGACCGCGGGUGCCCCGGCCCCCCCAGCUCCUGUGGCCCCCACAGCAGCCCCAGCCCCUGCCGGGAGGGCCCCAGCUGAGGAAGAAGUGGGCCCCAGGCGGGGGGACUUCACGCGGCUCGAGUAUGAACGCAGGGCCCAGCUGAAGCUGAUGGAUGACCUUGACAAAGUGCUGCGGCCACGGGCUGCGGGGACCGGGGGGCCGGGCCGGGGCGGGCGGAGGGCCCCCCGGCCACGCUCUGGUUGCUGUGAUGACUCGGCCCUGGCACGAAGCCCUGCCCGUGGCCUGCUGGGCUCCCGGCUCAGCAAAGUCUACUCUCAGUCCACCCUGUCACUGUCCACCGUGGCCAAUGAGGCCCCCAAUAACCUCGGCGUGAAGAGGCCCACGUCUCGGGCUCCGUCCCCAUCCGGCCUCAUGUCCCCCAGCCGCCUGCCUGGCAGCCGUGAGCGCGACUGGGAGAAUGGCAGCAACGCCUCCUCCCCGGCAUCGGUGCCCGAGUACACCGGUCCACGGCUGUACAAGGAGCCCAGCGCCAAGUCCAACAAGUUCAUCAUACACAAUGCCCUGUCUCACUGCUGCUUGGCAGGCAAGGUGAACGAACCGCAGAAGAACCGCAUUCUCGAGGAAAUUGAGAAGAGCAAGGCCAACCACUUCCUGAUCCUCUUCCGGGACUCGAGCUGCCAGUUCCGGGCCCUCUACACCCUGUCCGGGGAGACAGAGGAGCUGACCCGCCUGGCGGGCUAUGGCCCCCGCACGGUCACACCCACCAUGGUCGAGGGCAUCUACAAGUACAACUCGGACCGCAAGCGCUUUACCCAGAUCCCUGCCAAGACCAUGUCCAUGAGUGUAGACGCCUUCACCAUCCAGGGCCACCUCUGGCAGAGCAAGAAGCCCACGACUCCCAAGAAGGGCAGCAGCACCCCCAAGUAGCCUCGUCCCGGUGGUACACGGGACAGGCCCCAGCCGUCGGCCUCCCGGAGGACAGCCUGGAGGACAAUCAGUUGGUAUUCCUGGGUCUCGUCUGUCCCCAGCCUCGUUUGGGUAGGGCUGGGGUCCCUACCCCGACUUCUGUCCUGUCCUGCUGUGGGGGCUGAGCUGGGAGGUUCAGGGACUCAGGGCUCAGCUCAGUCCCCGUCUGUCCUCCCCACCUUCUUGAAUAAAAUAAUUUAG